AUGAAUUCUUGCUUGAGAUUAGCUAACAAUAUAACCUCAGGAGGACAAAGAGAUCUUGAAUCUGGGGGAACAAUGACAGAGCCGCUGAGAGGAGAAGGAAGAGCAGGAAACUCCAAAACGAUGCGGGAGAAGGGGAAGAGGCAGGAACCCGCCUUAGCCAGCGGAAAGGGGCGGGGCUCUUGUCUGACUUGCCGGGGCGCCAUCCUCUCUCGUCACUUCCGUAAACAAAAGAGUCUGAGAAGGCGUCCCAGCUGCGAUGUGACUGCGGCCGCUGUGCGGGCUGAGCCGGGGUAUCGCGCCCUGCUCCUCCCGCCUCAGGUCUUAAAAAACCGGUCUUGGUGCAUCAAGAAGCAUAAAACUAUGGAAGAAAGGAAAAUAAAAAGGAAGAGUCCUAAAUCCUUUAGUUCCCAUUCUACUCAGCUUGUUAAUUCCAAGAAAAACUCUCUGCCAGUGAGUAAAAGUACAGGGUUUUCAAAUCCUACAUCACAGUCAACUUCACAAAGACCAAAGUUAAAAAGAGGUAUGAAAGAAAAGGCAAGACCUCAGGGAGGGGAAGGAAAGGGCGCCCAGGCAGCACCAAUUCAGCACUCUUUUCUCACCGAUGUCUCAGAUGUUCAAGAGAUGGAGAAGGGUCUCCUGAGCCUUUUGAAUGAUUUCCAUUCUGGAAAACUUCAAGCCUUUGGAAAUGAAUGUUCCAUAGAACAGAUGGAACAUGUUCGAGGAAUGCAGGAGAAGUUAGCUCGAUUGAAUUUGGAGCUCUACGGGGAGUUAGAGGAACUUCCUGAGGAUAAGAGAAAAAUAGCCAGUGACGCUAAUCUGGAUAGGCUUCUGUCAGAUUUAGAAGAACUGAAUUCUUCCAUACAAAAACUUCACUUGGCAGAUGCUCAAGAUGUUCCAAAUACCUCUACCAGCUAAAAGAAAAUGCAAUUCACUCAUUUGUCUUGUGAUUCAGAGAAAAAGUCAUCUGAAUCCAGCUGAAUUCAGAAGCUGAUUCAUCUUCUCCACAACAAAGAAUUAAAGUGCAUAUGCAACUGAUUGUUUUCACACAUUGCUUUUAGUAAAUCUGACUGCUGUAAUUCACCAUAGCUGGAGGUCAGGCUAUGUUGAAGUCUUAAAUCAGGAAAUGUGACUGCAAGAUUGUGCUGCUAUGCUUUAUAUUACUGCCUUAUCAUCUAAAAGCUGAGGGUAAGACUUGAAAGUGCAUUUAUUUCAUGCUAAGUGUUGUUCACAAGACUGAAGGAUUUCUCCUUCUCAAGCUCAUCAGCAUUGUUCCAAUUUUUACUCAUAAGUUGGCUUGUGACAGCUUAGCUUCAGUUUACAAGUAGACAAUCAGCACACUACUCAGUGUGUAUGUCGGUGGCCAAUAGCAACAAAAUGUUAAAUAAGUAUUUGUGAAUUUGCUAUUUUUAAUAAAUUAACUGUUUUAAAUUA